CAAGAUGUCUGCGCCCAUGUUGUCAAUUUCAAGUGGAACCAAGAAAUCACUGAAAAAAGUUCUUUUAGCUGAACUUUUCAUUGUUAUAGCAUUAGUCUGUAUCAUAUUCAUACCAUUAAAUACUAGCUCUAAUUUUGACAUAAUUUUUAAUUCGCUAUGGACGUCAAAACUGUUGGCAGUUUUCUGUCUGAUGCUUCACAGUUUGCUGGAAAUGUUCAUGUUUACAGCGACAGAUCGACACACUCUGAAACCUGUUGCUUUUUUAAAGGCGUGUUUCAAAGGAGCUGUGUUGAUGCUGAUCAGUGUGGUUCUCUUCCACUGUAUCUUUGUUCUCUUUGGUGCAGCUUUCUUUGAAAACACAGCAGAAACAUUUCAUUUAGCCCUUGUGGUAGGCAGUACAUCAGUUGCACCAGCCAUAAUUCAUCUAGGUACAUCAGUUGAUAAAUGGCUUAAAGUAUUUAUCUUUCAAAGUUCAGACCAAUGCGUGGAGACGAUGGUGUUUUAUACAAGUGUAUGCAGUGUGCUGGGAGUGUGGCUAGGGGCCCUGCCGAUUCCUCUUGACUGGGACAGACCAUGGCAGGUGUGGCCUAUCACCUGUGUAUUAGGAACAGUUCUGGGUCACUGUGCAGGCCUGCUGCUGUCCGCUAUCCAAAUAGCUUGCCAGAUCUCUUCCACUGGCAAGUACAAGGCCACCUGAAUGGGUCAGACACGCAGGAACAGCCAACUCAGGAACAUAGCUGCUCCAGGGGCAAGCUUCUAGGAAGUCCUACACUAUUUAUUUACUCACUGACAGUACUGCAGAGUAUGUUGAUGGUUAAAAGCAUUCAAGUUUUUGUGUCAUCAUUAUUAUUAUAAAUGAUAUAAUUCUGAGAUUGCAAUGAUAGGGAGAAUGUGAUAGUUGGACUAUUUAGAAGGAAACUGAAAAUGUUUUUCAGAGGUUGGAAUUACUGUUAAUAACGGUGCUUUAAUCGCAUAUUGAACCAGCCACGGAUAGAGAUAUGCAAAUUAUGUUUUCUUCCACAGAUUUAUGGGAAAAAAUGGAUUGAGUGAGCAAGAAAACAAAACAAUUGUUAAAGAAAAUGAAGCGAAAAGCAAACAAUCUUUUUGUUCUUAUAAUCAAUAUAAGGAAGAAAGUUUUUCCUCAUAUUGCUUUUCAACACAUUUGAAUGCAUUCUUGAACUUAAUCUCUAUUGGAGAUUAGAAAAAAGUUUCCAUACUUACUAUGUACUCCAUAGUUUUGAGUAUUAAAGCACGAAAAUGAAUUAACCAAGUUCUUAAGAUAAUUAUAACGGAUUUUUAGAAAAAUAUUCAUUUUUAUUGAGAAUAAAUUAAAACCUGUCUUCUAAGGAUUAAGGUUUGAAACAAUUUACCUACCUGCAUCACUUGAGCAUCAUUAGACACUUAUUUUGAUUGAUUUUUUAUAUAUAAAAAUAUAGUUUUGAUUGUUAUAAAGAUUGCUUCUUUUUACAAAGGCAGCAUUAAGAAUUUCAGGUGUCAAUGAACAUUUCCGCUUCUUGAUUAAAAAAUUGUUUAAAAUAUCGCUGUAAAGGCAAUGAUGGCAUGUGCUUACCAAAUAAACAUUAUGUUC